AUAAGUUGUUGGACAAGACAAGAUGGCGGUACGAGGUCCACCCGGCAUUCGGUUCUUACAGUGGCUCGGUUUGACGCCUUGUUGGGACCGACAGAAAGUUUACCAGCUGUGGACCCUGUUCCUGACAUUCCUGUGUUAUACCAGCUACCACCUGUCACGGAAACCCAUCAGUAUUGUCAAGAAUGAGCUCCAUAAAAACUGCAACACCACCCAAAACAACACCAACACAGCAAACUGCUCUUCAUGGAAGCCAUUUGAUGGCAGUGACUAUGAGUCCCUGUUUGGAGACCUGGACACCGCUUUUCUGUUCGCCUACGCUGGGGGCAUGUUCUUCAGUGGCCACAUUGCUGAGCGGAGUAACCUGAGGUACUUCCUGGUUCUGGGCAUGCUCAGUAGCGGGCUGAUGACGGCACUGUUUGGCCUGGGUUACUACUGGAACAUUCACACUGUGGCCUUCUUUGUUAUAGUACAGGCUGUGGCAGGAGUGGUACAGGCGACCGGCUGGCCAGCUGUAGUCACCUGUGUGGGCAGCUGGUUCGGGAAGGGAAGACGAGGUUUCAUCAUGGGUCUGUGGAACUCUCACACGUCUGUGGGGAACAUCCUGGGUUCUCUGAUCGCCGCCGCGUUCGUGUCGGAGGCCUGGGGUCUGUCGUUUGUCGUUCCCGGCAUCAUCAUCGCGUCUGUAGGGAUCCUGGCCUUCUUCUUCCUCAUCACAGAACCAAAGGAAGUAGGGAUAGUGAUGGAGGACAAGGGGAGGAAAGACAGCUACACAGUACAAGCUGAUGGACCCACGCAGCAUAUCCCACUGUGUGAGCGCUGUUUUAACGAAGAGUCUGAGACUGAGACUACAGAGGUUGUACCCGAGGUUGCAUCAUUACCGGUGGUUGUUGCUGAUUCAGAGCCACUGCUGGGUGAAGAAAUCAAGCCGCUAUCAGGGGGUCCGUCAAACCCAAAAGCCAUCAGUUUUUUGGGUGCUCUAAAAAUUCCUGGAGUGAUAGAGUUCAGCAUGUGUCUGUUCUUUGCCAAGCUGGUCAGUUACACCUUCCUCUAUUGGCUGCCAAAGUACAUCAAGGAUGAAGAGGACUACAGUCCCACUGUAUCAGGAGACAUGUCAACUCUUUUUGAUGUGGGAGGGAUUGUGGGUGGUUUCUUGGCAGGUACCAUUUCAGACUUUACAGGGGGGAGGGCCACAUGUUGUGUGGUCAUGCUGGUACUUGGUGCACCUAUGCUCUAUGUGACCCAGGUUGUCUUUCAAACCAAACCAUCCACAUCAACAGCCAUAGGUAUGCUAGCAGCCCUGGGUUUCCUAGUGAACGGUCCCUAUGCACUCAUCACCACAGCUGUGUCUGCCGAUCUGGGAACACAUAAAAGUCUGAAGGGAAAUGCCAAAGCCCUGUCCACUGUCACAGCUAUUAUAGAUGGAACAGGGUCUAUAGGUGCUGCAGUUGGUCCACUGUUAGCUGGUAUCAUCCUGAACAAGGCAGGGUCUGAACAACGAGCUGCCCAAUGGGACAACGUCUUCUAUAUGCUCAUGGCUUCAGAUGUACUGGCCUGUCUGUUCCUGUUGAGAGUAUUUGUAAAGGAAAUAAAAGGUUGGUGCACCGGUCGCUGUUUUGAACAAGAGACAUCCAACGUUACGUGACCAUUGGAAAUGACUGUCCUGCCAAAUGAAGAACAUUCAGAUGAAACUAAAAUUCAUACACAAGAAUAGAUAUAAAUUAUAACUAUGCAGAGGACUGGGAUGAUAUUGAUGUACAUUAUAUGAUCAAAAGAUUUUUUUAUGUUGUUUAACCCGGUGAUAUUGAAAUUCUCAAACAAAAGGCUACCUCCACAAUUAGAGGGUUAUAACUUAAAUGGAUAUUAUUCUGGCUA